AUGCAUGACGGAGAAACCUUAAAGGCCUACUCGGACAGAUAUUGGGAGACAUACAAUGAAAUGGAAGACAACUUUGACAACGUCGCCAUUAUCACUUUCAAAAAUAGUCUCCCAACUGAUCACGGCCUACGGAAGUCUCUGACUGGCAAGCCCGCCACCAGUAUGCGUCAACUGAUGGAUCAAAUCGACAAGUACAAACGAGUGGAGGAAGACCAAUUACGGGGAAAAGGAAAGGAGAAGACUGUCAACGCCGUAUUCCGAGAACCAGUGCAUCGGGUUUUGGAGAAAAUCAAGAACGAGCCAUACUUUAGGUGGCCGAAUAAGAUGGCGGGAGAACCCUCGAAGCGCGAUCAGAACCUUUAUUGCCAAUACCACCAAGACUAUGGCCACAGUACGGAGAACUGCAAGAACCUUUGGAACCACCUAGACCAGCUAGUUCGGGAAGGGAGACUGAAGCACCUUCUGCAUCAUUCUAGUGGUCAUCAAGAGGCCAAGAGGGAUGCUGCCCUGAGGCCACCCACAGGAACGAUCAGCGUAAUCGUGGCUGCGCCAGGGAGAACAGGCACGCGCCUUGCACGACUGUUAUCGGUGGCUCAACUGCCUGCCGAGGAGUCCCAACCGGGGCCGAAGAGGGCCAGGAUGAGCUUUCGUCCCGUUUUGAGCUUUUUAGAGGAAGAUAAGAUCGGGACCAUCCAGCCCCAUGACGAUGCACUGCUGAUCACCCUCCGAAUAGGGGACUACGAUGUGAAAAGAGUAAUGGUGGAUGGCGGCAACGUGGCAGAGGUUAUGUACCCCGACCUAUACAGGGGGCUGGGGUUAAAGGCAGAGGACUUGAUGCCCUACAACUCCCCUCUGAUGAGCUUCGACGGGAAGCUUGUCAUUCCAAUGGGCAUGAUUAGGCUGCCCAUCCAAACCGGCCCGGAAAUAGUGAAGGUGAACUUCGUCGUGGUGGACACCUACUCUCCCUAUACAGCCAUUGUCGGUAGGCCUUGGCUCCAUACCCUAGGGGCUGUUGCUUCCUCGUUGCACCAGAAGGUGAAAUUCCCGUCAGGAGACCAAGUCCUGGAAAUCCGUGGUUGCCAACCCACAGCGAGGCAAUGCGUGGUAGCAGCCGUCUUGCAUUGGCUUGAUGCGGAGUCCUCGGCCUCCAGUGAAGAGAAUUUAUAG